ACUCAAGCGUCUUAUAAUUUGUCACAUGUUUUCGUGAGUCUAGUUUCCUAUGUGUUUACGUCUUGUUGAAAACAUGGCUGAAUCAAAUAACGAAAAUGAUGACAACGCCAAAAGGAAACAGUUUGGAAACAGAUUUUUAACCGAUACACAAAAUGUCUUCGAACAUAACGCUUGGGAUAAUGUUGUGUGGAAUGAGGACCAGGAGAUGGAGGCGAGAGCCAAGACAGAGGAGCAGUUGGCUAACAGGGCCACACAGGAACAACAAGAGAAGUUUGAGGAGGAGGCUGAUCAGUUCUGGGACAAGUUCUACUGUAUCCAUGAGAACAAAUUCUUCAAGGACCGACACUGGCUCUUUACCGAGUUUCCCGAGUUAGCGCCAGAAUAUUACCUGAAUGAUGGAGACUCAGGGAAUGUGGGAAUGGAAUCUCAUGGGGAAAUGGCUGCCAAUAAAACUGAUGGAUUGGACAUAAAUAGUGAAUGUGUGCAAAGAGCUGAUGAAAAUGGGCUUAAUAGAGCACAAAUAGGUGGUGAAACUCCAGUUCUAAAUUCUGAGAAAAGUGAGGAUGAAUUUGGGAGUACAGUUACAGAGUUGUAUCCUGGACAGUCAGCAAAGUUCAGAAUACUGGAGGUUGGUUGUGGUGUAGGCAACACUGUGUUUCCAAUCUUGAAGGCAAACAGAGAUCCAGGUCUGAUGGUGUACUGCUGUGAUUUCUCCAAAACAGCCGUGGAUCUUGUCAAGGAGAAUGCUGACUAUGAGAGAAGAUGCCACGCCUUUCACUGUGAUAUUUCUAAUCCGGAAUCUACUGUACCAUUUCCGGACAACAGCCUUGACGUUAUCAUCUGCAUAUUUGUAUUGUCUGCUAUCAACCCGGACAAAUUCCAAGCAGUGAUCAACCGUCUAACAGGGUUUUUGAAGCCAGGAGGGGUCAUCUUGUUUAGAGAUUAUGGAAGAUAUGACAUGGCUCAGCUCAGAUUUAAGAAAGGUCGCUGUCUGAGUGAGAACUUCUACGCCAGGGGUGAUGGAACCAGGGUCUACUUUUUCACACAAGUUGAGUUGGGUGAAAUGAUGACAAAUGCCGGUCUUGUAGAGAAACAGAACUUGGUUGAUCGACGACUGCAGGUGAAUCGUGGACGGCAGUUGAAAAUGUAUCGGGUCUGGAUUCAGUGUAAAUAUGUGAAACCAGGGGGAGAUAAUCAUAGUACAGUUGUCAAACCAGGGACAGAUAACUCUAUAAAAGACAUAAAACCAGGAGUGUUAAAUAGUUAUGACUCAGAUUCUAAGGCAAAGACUACAGUGAAAGUUUGAGUGCAUGGGGAGAUAAUUGCAAUAAUUUUAUUUAACAAAGGACAAGGGCAGAUAACUAUGACACAGUGCAAAUUUGAACUAGGAGCAGGUAACUGAGUCUGUGAUGCAGACUCUUAUCUGGGGAGGACAAUUAAAGGUGGAUAUGGAUCUAGUGUUAAUAUAUUAAAUCAAGGGUCACUAUUGUCAUGGAGGCUACAACACUGAUAUUGUGACAAUGAACAUAGUUCUUGAACAGGAUUCGUAAAUUUGAAAGACCAUGAAGUUUGUAAUAGAGGAUAUUGACUUUGUAGUGAUAAGAAAGCUGAAGCAGGUUAGAAAGUGUGCUGCAAAAUGGAAUUAUUAAUGGAUAAGAAAGCUUUGUUACCAUGCACCAUGUACUUGAGAUCUUUGUUAAUAGCAUGGUUUAAACAUUGGAUAACUUAUUGAAAACUUCUUGUUCAUUAUUAAAAAAGAUACUUUUUUCUUGUGAUCUUGUCCAGUUGAUCAAAUUAUUAGAUGAUAAGGCAUCAUAUCUUUGGAAAAGAAAUUAAAGAAAAAGGUUUUUUAAUCUUUAUUUUCUCAUUUAAAUAAUUAAAAGCAUGAAACUCA